CAGCACCCGGCAGCCCAGCCCAAGCCCCGGCCCCGGUCCCGGGGGCGGUGGCGCGCCCAGCGCGCUCCCGCCUGCCCGCCCGCCCACCUCCACAUGCACACACCCGCGGCGGGAGGAGGAGCGGCAUCUUCCUCGCCGUCUGCCUUUCGCCAAUUUUAUCUCCCCUCGUCCUCGCCCCUUUUUCUUAUUUUGUUUUAUUUUAUUAAAAUUUUAUUUUAUUAUAACCGUAAUUAUUCAUCGUGGUGUUCUGGACGGGUCCCACGAGAGAGAGUGGAUUAUACCUGGGGCGAUCCUCGUGGGUUUACCUCGGGAAGGUUGCUGACAUUGUGGCUGCAGUUCACUCACAGGAUACCAAUCAAAAAGUAAUAUUUGGAGAAACACUUAAAGUUCCUCACCCAGGAUGCCUCUCCAAGAUAGAUUGGAACAGACUGAAUUGCAGAAUAUGACUGUCCCUGAAGAUGAUAACAACAGCAAUGAUUCAAAUGACUUCACAGAGGUGGAAAAUGGCCAGAUAAAUCGCAAGUUUAUUUCGGAUCGAGAAAGCAGAAGAAGUCUCACAAACAGCAACCUGGAGAAGAAGAAAUGUGAUGAAUAUGUCCCAGGAGCUACUUCAUUUGGGAUGUCUGUCUUCAACCUCAGCAAUGCAAUUAUGGGCAGUGGAAUUUUGGGUCUUGCUUUUGCCUUGGCCAACACAGGAAUUCUCCUCUUUCUGCUGCUUUUGGUUUCGGUGACACUGCUGUCUAUUUAUUCAAUACAUCUCCUGUUGGUGUGUUCAAAGGAAACAGGCUGCAUGGUGUAUGAGAAGCUGGGUGAGCAGGUCUUCGGUACCCCAGGGAAAAUGAUUGUCUUUGGAUCUACAUCUCUUCAGAACAUUGGAGCAAUGUUGAGCUAUCUCUUCAUAGUGAAAAAUGAGCUGCCUUCUGCCAUAAAGUUCCUAAUGGGAGAAGAAGAAACUUUUUCAGCAUGGUACGUGGAUGGGCGGAUUCUUGUUAUCGUAGUGACGUUUGGUGUAAUCCUCCCGUUAUGUCUACUUAAGAACCUAGGAUAUCUUGGCUAUACCAGUGGAUUUUCAUUAAGCUGCAUGGUAUUUUUCCUGAUAGUGGUUAUUUACAAGAAGUUUCAAAUGCCCUGUGGUGGAUCAGAACUAAAUGCAACCUCAUCCAUCCUAUCAAAUAGCUCAGCACAUGAACAAAUGUGUAAGACAAAGUAUGUUGUCUUUAAUUCCAAGACUGUGUACGCUUUGCCCACCAUUGCUUUUGCAUUUGUGUGCCACCCAUCAGUGCUCCCGAUUUACAGUGAACUUAAAGGCCGUUCACAGAAAAAAAUGCAGUUGGUUGCAAAUAUCUCAUUUUUUGCCAUGUUUUCGAUGUACUUGCUGACAGCCAUAUUUGGCUAUUUGACUUUCUACGACACUGUGCAGUCAGAUUUGCUUCACAAGUACCAGAGCAAAGAUGACAUCCUCAUCCUGACCGUGCGCUUGGCUGUGAUCACUGCAGUGGUACUCACCGUGCCAGUGCUGUUUUUCACUGUGCGUUCAUCAUUAUUUGAGAUGGCUAAAAAAACAAAAUUUCACUUAGGCCGUCAUGUUGUGGUUACUGUUGCUCUUUUGAUUAUCAUCAACUUGCUUGUAAUUUUUAUCCCAACCAUGAAGGAUAUUUUUGGAGUUGUAGGAGUCACUUCUGCAAAUAUGCUGAUUUUCAUUCUUCCUUCAUUGUUGUAUUUAAAAAUCAUGCAGCACGAUGCAUCAAAGAGGGUCCAGAAGAUUUGGGCUUCUCUUUUCUUGGCACUAGGGAUAAUGUUUUCCCUUGUGAGCGUUCCAUUGGUCAUCUAUGACUGGGUACAAUCAGGAGGCAGUGGUGACGGCCACUGAAGUACAGACACCUCCUUAUGAAAAGAAGACAACCCUGUUAGCUACACACCAAAAUCGCAACCAUCCAUUCUGUUAUCUAUUCCAUCUUUUGUGAGUGUACUCAAAUCAAAUCCAAAUAAUGAUUACCCAGUGCUAAAAAUACUGCUAUGGGUGUAUUUUCAUGCAGAAAACAGACCCGUUUUUCCAACAGUCAUGUCACUCUCUCCCCCGAUACUGAGUUGCCAGAUCAGCCCAAAGUCUGUGUUAAUUGUCUGUGAGAGUAUAUACGGCAUUGCUCAUAGGAACUCAUUGCAAUUAAUUUGUUUACCCUUUUCCACCCACGAAUUGCAUUGUUCUGUUGUUAUCCUUAGUCCUUCAACUGUAAGCUCUGCUCCUCUAGCACAGCAGCGCAGCCGUUAUCAAUCCCAACUGGAGUGAUGUCAGUUCACACCCUUCCCCACACACCCUGCCUUCAGCCAAAACUCUGCUCUCCAGCUGUACACACCCGGUUUGUUGGUUUGUUUGUUCUGUUGCUGUUCCAUGUACCAUUUGCCUCCCGGGGGUAAGCGUAGUGUUCCAGAGACGGGCAUUAAAGGCACAACAGAGGCAUAAAUAAGCUUUGUAUAAGGGAAGGUCCUAAAUCUGGUGCUGCUUCUCUCUGCUGGUUUGGUGUGGCUCUGGGGAACAGACCUGUGUCUGUCUGACUGUCUGUCUGUCUUAGUGACAGUGUGCAGGGAACAGAACAAGGACAGCCACCACCACCAGCCACCAUUCCCCUGGCACACUUCAGCUGGAGCCUGACCAGAACUAGACUUGAGUACUUGAGCCUGAAGAGAAGCAGACACUUGGAGAUUUCCAUAGGAAGUCUGUGCUUUCUUCAGCAUGAAACUGUUUACUAGCCCUAUGUCUCUCAGAAAGGAAAAAAAAAAUCAUCAAAUAAGCUCCAGUUUUAUCAAAACCUACACAUUUAAUCAUAGCUCAUGCAUUUUCCAUUCUGGGAUUUAUUUUUACAUCCCUUAUAGAGACUGUCUCUUCUCUUGUGUCUUAUCCUCCUCCCACUGAAGUCAGUGGGGUUUUUGACAGCAGUGGGAGCAGGAUUUGACUCACUUAGCAAACUACUGGAUUUCUAAUGGAAACUGAAAUCUGUAACAUUUCCUCAAACAGAAACACUUUUUUAUAUUUAACAUGUUUCCUUUACAUUUCCCAUUGGUUCUCCAUGACAAUUAAAGAAAAAACAUUCAGUUACUCCUGGCAAAAACACUGUAACUUGCAUCUGUUGCCCCCAAAAUAAGCAUUUGCCUAAUGCCUUAUAGCUGGUGUAGAGAACUACUUGUAGAGACCCAAACGCUAAGCAGGUGAUCAUUCACCAUCCUGAGCAGACGACAUCUACUCGUGCACUGCCUGCAGCAUCAAUCUGUUCACUUUGUGUCACUCACCCUGUGAGCUAAAAAGUGUCUCAAAACAUGAGCCUGUCUCCUGCUCAAAGAACUGAUGGCUGAAGGCAGCCCUGCUCAUGCCCAAGAGCUGAGCAAUGCCCUCUGUGUGCCUGAGCCGGGCGUGUCCAUGUGCAGUCACCCUCUUCUUCCCAGUACCUGGUUCAUUGCUGACUCCCAUUGUAUCUGUGGAAGGAAGCUGUCAUCAGCUGUGAGGAACCUGUCACUGCAGCUUGCUCUUUUUAAGGUUAGGGAUGGCGACUUUGGGUUUGGGGGAUUUCUGUGAGCUAUUGAACUGCCUCAGUAGCCGUCGCCUUGUCCUACACAGUUGGAAGUCAGUGGUAGUUGAGACCACAGAGCAUUUCUCUGGGCUUUGAAAGUUAGUUUCUGAGGGUAACAUCCAGAAAGGUUAGUUUGGGGCCUUCCUUGGAAAUCUGAGCAUUGCGAUGCAGAGUGCUCAUGCUGCAAUAACUAAACCUAUUAAACCUAGACCCCUAGGUCUGUACCUUGGCCCAGACAGUGAGGGUAGCCAGUUCUGCCAGUACCCAGCUGUGACCCAGAUAUACAGCAGAGUGGACUCCACAGGCAGUCCAAGUCCUUGGAGUAGCCCAGCAGGAAGAACAAAAUUGGAAGCAUCGUCUACCAGGCAAAGUGACCUGCUAGACUGCAGAGUAGGGGACCCUUAAUCUGUCCUCCUCCUGGCCCCUCAGGCUUUCACUCAGAGGCUCCCAGCAAGGUUUCCCAAGCACCUCUCAGCCCAGCAUUCAACAUGAAUUGCUGAGCUACCUGGGACCCCUGGGCUGAGGAGGCUCAUGUUUUCCAGCUGCUACAUCUCACCUGGGAUGGUGCAUAUCACCAGUUCUCUCUGGGCCACCUUUUCAUGGGACUGAUCCUUGCCGUGAUUCACAGAGAACUCUGUACCAUAGCUUACAAGCCCAUGUGUUAGUCAAGCUCUGGAGAGAAGUACCCCAUGCCUGGUUCCUAUCACCUCAGCUCAUUCUAAGCAUCUUCCCAGCUCAGGGUGUAAGUUUGUGGCUCUGCUUUCACAGGCAUUCAACUCUGCUGCAGCAGGAUCCCAGCAUCUCCUUCCAUUCUCUGACUCGGCUUGCUGGGGUCCCAUUUAAGGUUUUGAGGUGCCUUAUAAUCUCUCUGGAUAUCAUCCCAAAAAACCUUACUCAGACCUGAGAAUACUGUACAGUGUUAUCCUCCUCACAAUGCUCCAGGACGCUUCUGCUUUUCUCCCUCCUUUAUCCUCCUACCACUACUAAUUUAUGAGCAGUGCAGCUCUGUUCAUUGGAGGGCUGUGAGGGAGGGGAUCCUUGGAGAGAUUUUCAAAUACCCAGGUAGGAGUUAGAGGUCUGAUCUGCUGCACACAGUUCCUGCAAGGCCACAACUACGACGUCUCCCUUCCACCCCACCCUCCCAAUACUCUGUAGUUUCAUGUUUAAAAUAACAGCCAUUGAGUUUUGGCAUCCAGCUUCCUUCGGCUUGAAGGAAUGUUGGGUGACUGAUAGGUAGGUCCUUGCAUUUUCUCAAAUACCCUCCAUCACUAUCCCUUUCCCUCCUCUUUGCUGUUCCACCUUCGUCUUUUCCCCAUUUUAUUUGUAUAGUGAAGUUUUACUGGAUAAAUAGGGAGUAAAACGAGCUGGGUGUGUGCACAGAGUGAAAUAAUCCCAAGGUACUGAAGCAUCAAAGCAUAUCUUAGAGACUGAAAAAUAGAUACCCAAAAUACGGAGUCUUUAAAGAGACUUUGCUGCUGGGUCACUGAAAAAUAGAAAAAAAGAAAAAAAAAAAAAGAAAAAAAAAAAGAAUUCUGCUUAGACUGAUUUACUGGCAUCGUAUUUAUAGAUAUUUAUGGAAAGGAAUCAUGUGUUUAUUGAUGUCUGUGGUAAUGAAUGUGAAAUAACGUGCUUUUUGUUUUCUCAUCAGGUUUAUACAUUCUUAACAGAAUGCAAUAGACCCUGCUGUAACUGUCAACAUCAGUGAUGGAUGACAAUAUUUGUAUGAGGUUAUCUGUAAAAUGUACUGCUGUUAUUCAGUUCUUUGGAAAUAGUGAACUUGUAGCCAAUGAUGUACAAGUCCCACAUUUUAGCUAGGGUUUUAAGAGCACAGUGAAAUGCUGUAGGAGUUUCUCUGUUAUUAAAUUACUAGGAUCCAGAAUACCGUAUCUACUUAGUAGGUGGUAGCAUGCUUGCUUUUCAUUGAGAAUUUAUCACUAUUGUGAGCACUGCAGAUGUCAUAGACUGGUUGAAAAAUUGCUCCUCAUAACUACAACAAAAUACUUUAAAAUUCCUCUUUGUGUAAUAGCAACAAUUGAGUGGUGAGGGACAAGGAAGGAUUAAUUAGAAUCAGGGGUUCCUCAUGCAAUUGUAGAAGUUAAUCCCACACUUUAAAAAAUUGAUUUGCUUGCUGCCUCUUCCGGUCCACAACAAAUUGCAAAGAAACUAGUUCUGAGCUUAAAGCACCCUUAUAGUUGCAGAACACACCUGCCCUUCUCUGUCCAAUGGCAAACACAAUGGCCCAGUAAGUAGAACACAGGAAAUUGUUAUUUGGGAGCAGUAUCUCAGGAGCAGUGAUCUGUCUGGGUGAUGCUUGCUCCUGGUCAGAGAGUCAGUGCCAAAUCCAUGCACCAGCACAGACCUUGCGUAGAGCUGAGAGGGACUGAGUGGUGCCCAGCCCACGUGCAGGCCCAGGGCAGAACAGUGGGUCUCAUCCUGCCAGGUCAGAGAUGGGGAUGCCCAUCCAGUCCUGAUGGCUGCUCACCUGAGCCACGUUCCAACCCACAGCUUGUGCUCCACUUGCCACAGGUCACCUGCAAAUGCAGGUUGGAUGGUGUAUGGGUUGUGUCUGUCCAUCUGCCUUACAAUGUACAGUACCACAGCUCUCCCUAAUAUUAACAGUAACAAUUAAUGUUAUCUCUGGUUUAUCUUCAAAUGAGUAUAUUUCUUUGCUUGAACCUUACAUUAAGGCUAAAGAGCAUCUUGGUCAACACAAAACUCUUUCCGUGGGGUGGCGUUCCCACCUCCAGUCCUACCAGCCCACCCCAGUUCCUAUAGGAGAAAGGCAGAGCAGAAUGUACUCAGCUCCAUCAGCAGCUCCGUGAGAUGGCUUUAUUGUCUGGUGCCAGGGCAAUUCCCCAGAGCCCUUGGCAUCAGGAAAAUCCUAUAACUUAGGAUUUACAAAACAAAGAAUGUUUUAUUUGUAUCUAAUGUAAGGAUUUCUGUAACAAACUGUGAAGAAAAAAAAAAAGACAAUGAAUUAAUAAAUAAUACAGGGCUGGAAAGGCAUAGAAUCCACAAAUUGUACACAUGCCUAUGUUUCUGAAGACAAAUCUAUGCAGCUGUGUUGUAUUGUAGGAAAUUUCAUUUUUAUGUACAUAUAUAUAUUGUAAAUAAAUAGGAUGCUGUA